ACACUCCGCAAGAGUUGGUACCCACAGAUAGAUUUAUUAUUCAUGUAACGUUCCUGAACAACACUCGUUCUUGCCAAGAGUGAAAACAGUUCGUUUUUUUUUCUGGACAAUUUUCUCAUUUGCAUUCCAGUCUUUUUUGGUGCGACGGUCUUAACUGACUCCUUGGAUUAUAUUCUUAUUUGAUUUGCAUACAUUUUUCAGAAUUAGGAAAUAUGUCGAUCGACGCAUCUUUUGAAAAGGUCAUCACGGUGGCUAGAAAUGCAUUCAAUUCAGGAAAAACUCGUCCCCUUUCCUUUCGAUUGGCGCAGUUGAGGAAAUUCGUGAAAAUGAUGGAGGAAAGCAGAACGGAAAUUCAACAUGCGAUCAACUUGGAUCUGAGGAAGCAUAAAUUGGAAGUCACUCUGUACGAGAUUGAGGGCAUUAUCCACGAGGCCAAAGUGUUUAUUGAUAACCUCAAGUCUUACGCGAGUCCAGAUGUCCUCCCGUUUAAUUUGCUGGCUGCCCUGGACAAAGGAAUGAUUGAGAAAGUUCCGUUCGGCGUUGUCCUGAUUUUGGGGGCAUGGAAUUACCCGUUCUUACUUUCACUGCAGCCAAUGAUUGGGGCAUUGGCUGCUGGAAACAGCGUGGUCUUGAAGCCUUCUGAAGUUGCGCCACACACGGCACAACUGAUGGCAGAAAUGAUAACUAAAUAUUUGGAUCCGGAAUGUUAUCACGUUAUCCAAGCAAACCCUGAGGAAACGCAGCACUUGCUUAAAUACAAAUUUGACUAUAUUUUCUACACGGGUUCGUCAAACGUUGGAAAGUUGGUGAUGCAAGCGGCAAGCCAGCAUCUUUGUCCAGUAACUCUAGAAUUGGGGGGGAAAUCACCUGCCUACAUUGACGACAAUUCGGAUUAUGAAAUAGCCUGCAAACGAGUUCUGUGGGGCCGUUAUGCGAACGCUGGGCAGACUUGUAUUGCCCCUGAUUAUCUACUUUGUUCGAAAAAAGUCGAGACAGAAUUUGUCAAGUGUGCCCAAACCAUUGUCAAGGAAUGGUACGAAGGAGAUGCCCAAAAAUCACAAAGUUUUACCAGAAUCAUCAGUGAAAGACAUUGUUUGCGAUUGAAAAACUUGUUGGACACGACUCGAGGGAAAAUUGUACUCGGGGGCAGAGUCGAUGUUCAGGAUUUGUUUGUGGAACCAACCAUCGUGGUUGACGUGGCCCUUGACGAUCCUUUGAUGAUGGAAGAGAUUUUCGGACCGAUCCUCCCAAUCGUUUCUGUAAAUUCAAUUCAUGAAGCGAUUGAUAUUGUAAAUUCUCGACCGAGACCAUUGGCUUUGUAUUCCUUCGCCAAGAAUUCAAAAGUAAACAAUGACUUUAAGGACAAGACGAUUAGUGGAGGUGUCUGCAUUGGGGAUACAAUGUGGCACUGCGUUUGGAACGGGCUUCCUUUUGGUGGAGUUGGUAACUCUGGCAUGGGAAGGUAUCAAGGAAAGAGUUCAUUCGACACGUUCUCGCAUCAUCGAUCCGUUCUGGACAGGAGCAUGAGUCCACUUAGCGAGAAAUUGGGAGAAGCUCGAUAUCCACCAUACAAUGACACCAAGAUCAACAUGUUCACCUUCAUCAUUCGCCACUUCUUAAAGUUCGAUGUUACUGCUGGGCCCAUUUUUACGCACAUUUUGGCAUUCCUUAUUGGUGCUGGUAUCAUCGCACUUAUUGCGUGGGCCUAAAAAAGCUUACGCAAAACAACCUAUUUUUUCUUAUGACAGUAUUUUGUCAAGUUCUUGACAAACGUUUACAUGAUUUUUGACCAUGAUGACUUUUACUUCUUUCUGUUUUAUGUUAAGAUUCAUUUUAUUGUAAAAAAUAGGCUACAAAUUUUAUGUUUCUUUAAAGUUAUAACUUGCUUUUUGUAUAAAACUCUUUCAUUUAUUCGCACAAAACAAAAAAUAAUAGUUAUACAACACAAAAUCACACUAUACAAAUUACAAAUGUUUUAAAAAUUUGUGAAUAAAAUAGUUUACAAUGAGAA